UAACAGCUCUGCCAAUGCAGCCCGGCGAAGAGAUGUGCAGGGGCCAAAACCUGUGACAGCAGCAAAUGGCUCGCCUGCUGCAAAGCGGUCUCUCCCCCGUCUCGGCAGCCACUCCGAUGGACACAAACCCCUCGUGUUUCUUGACUUCCCGUCCUCUGCUUUGUAUUCAGCCCGGUGCUUUGGCGUGUGCUGGCCAGGUGCCUUAGGAGCUUGCUGCAUGGGGGACUGCAGUGGUUUUCAUCCGUUCCCAAUCAAACCCAACCCUCUCGUUGUUGGCCUGGAGCUCACAGUGCUUGGCCUCGUGCCUCUCUGGGUUAAAGCUCUGGUACUUGUCUGCCCCGCAGCUGUGCCCUCCAUACCUCCUCCUCGCUGCCCGGAUCUGGGCCGUGCCGGGAUGCUGUCACUAGCCUUUUAGCCUUGUCGUGGAUGCAAGUCCUGGGCAGCACAUUGCAUUGUCCUCCCCCCCCCAACCCCUUCUUCCAUUGCUCCAUCAAACUCCUGGAGUUUCCUUGGCAACCCCCUAACACAAAUCCUGACCGUAAAAAAGCAGGAUGAAGCAAGGACAAAGGGCAAGCUCUGGGAGUCCUUGUGCCCAGACAGCAGCAAGAAAAAAAAGGCCUCUUCCCUUUAAUCAACACCCAGGGCUGCUGCCUUUUGCUGUCCCCUCUGUUCCCAUGGCAGGCCACGCUAAAGGAGCCCCCAGCCUGGUUUGCUCACGGGAAGCCGGGAGGCCGCCGCGCUCCUCAGUCUCCCAGCUGUUGCCAUCCCAGACGGCGCGUCCUGCUCUUGCUCCGGACUUCGGGAUCUGCGCCGGUGGAAAGCGAUGGCGAAGAGCAGCCCGAGGCACUGCUUGCGCCUGCUGUCCGGGUGGCUGGUGCUGUUCAGCUGUGCGGUGGCGGAGGUCUCAUCCAUCGAGACAGUGAGCCUGGUGGAUUUCUGCGGCCAGACGCUCCAGGACAACGGCAUGAUUGUCACCUCUCACCGGGACUCGCGGCGCUAUUACUUCGUGGCUGUGGGCACCGACUGCCACCUGGUCAUGCAGGCCGCGGCCCCCCGCGACAAGGUCCAGUUCCAGUUCCGGUUCUUCCUGGUGUACAGCCUGCUGCGCCUGCCCCUGCCCGGCGGCCCUGCACCCAGCACCACCGCUACCCUGCCACCCCUGGGCAGCCCCAGGCCACCGCAGACCCCGUCGGGGGGCGACCGGGAGCCGCCCGACCCCUGCCACGCCGGCUCCUACGUGCAGUUCUACGACGGCCGGGGACGGGCGGCCGAGCCCCUGGGGCGUCCGCUGUGCGGGAAGAGCAUCCCUCGCCCCGUCCUGUCCACCGGGAACUUCCUGACACUGCGCCUGGUGACGCGGGGCCAGCAGCCACGCGUGGACUUUGUGGGCGACUUCACGUCCUUCCGGCUGGGCUUCAACAUGUCGGGGUGCGGCCAGGAGCCCUACUUCCCCUGCCGCAACGGCAAGUGCAUCCCCCAGAGCCUGGUGUGCGACAGCGCCGGUGUGGACAACUGUGGGGAUGGCUCCGACCAGGCUGCCCGCCCCCCGGCCAGCUGCAAAGGUCCGGUCCCCACCGCAGCACCUCUCCAGACUGCCAGGGCCCUGGCAGCCAGCUCCGCUUCCAGCUGCGGGAGGCCAGAGAAGAGCCAGUCCCCGCCUCAGGACACCAACCUCCAGGAGGACGCUGCUGAAGGUGGGCGGCUGGCUCUGCCGGCCCUCUCGGCGCUGCUGGGGGCUGCCGCGGGUGCUGGUCUCCUGCUCUGGUGCUGCUGCAGCCCUGGCUGGCUCGUCUGGAGACUCGGCGCCUGCCGCUUCCUGCCCGGAUGCAACUCAGCCUGCGCCGCCUGCCAGCUUUGCCCGCGCAGCUGCACCCGCCGUGGCAAGGUGGCCCCACGCCACCUGCCUGCCUGA